AUGAAAGUCCAAAUAACCAACAGUAGAACGGAAGAAAUCUUAAAAAUUCAAACCGGUAAUGAGAGUGAUGAAGCUAGUAAAGCUACUCCGAGUGAAGUUGAGGAGUCGCUUAGAUUAAUCGAUGAUUUAAAAUUCUUUUUGGCUACAGCGCCGGUAAAUUGGCAAGAAAACCAAAUUAUAAGGCGAUACUAUUUGAAUAGUGGACAGGGUUUUGUGUCUUGUGUAUUUUGGAACAAUUUAUACUAUAUUACAGGUACUGAUAUUGUCAAAUGUUGUCUUUACAGAAUGCAAAAGUUUGGAAGAGAGGUGGUCCAGAAAAAAAAAUUUGAAGAAGGAAUCUUUUCAGAUUUAAGAAAUCUUAAAUGCGGUAUUGAUGCCACUUUAGAACAACCAAAGUCCGAAUUUUUAUCUUUUCUAUUUAGGAAUAUGUGCCUGAAAACUCAGAAAAAGCAAAAGGUGUUCUUCUGGUUCAGUGUAGCACAUGACAAAUUAUUUGCAGAUGCACUAGAAAGAGAUUUGAAAAGAGAAAGUUUGAAUCAACCUUCUACUACUAAGCCCAUUAACGAACCUGCUUUAUCGUUUUCUUAUGAUUCCUCUUCCGAUAAACCUCUGUACGAUCAAUUGCUUCAACAUUUAGAAUCUAGAAGACCGUCAAGUGCAAUAAAAUCUGAUGAUUCGCCUUCCAAAUUGGAGAGCGAAAACUUCAAGGACGCUGAGUUGGUAACAGUGACCAAUCAGCCGCUUUUGGGUGUUGAUCUCAUGGAUAGGACGCCAGAAUCCCCUUCUCAAGUUGAUGACUUCGCUCCCCAAAAAUUAAUAAUAGAACCAAAUACUCUUGAAUUAAACAGCCUCGCUGAUGAAACGUCUCAUGUUUUGCCCAAGAAUGCUGCUAAGAGCAGAGACGAAGAAGAUUUCCCUCUUGAUUAUUUUCCUGUAUCUGUUGAGUAUCCUACGGAGGAAAAUGCAUUUGAUCCAUUUCCCCAACAGGCCUUCACACCGGCUGCCCCUUCCAUUCCUAUUUCCUAUGACAAUGUGAGUGAAAGGGAGUCUAUGCCUGUAAACUCCCUUCUCAACAGAUACCCUUAUCAAUUAUCAGUGGCACCUACGUUUCCCGUGCCGCCGUCUUCAUCAAGACAGCACUUUAUGACAAAUCGGGAUUUCUAUUCAUCCAAUAAUAAUAAAGAGAAAUUAGUAUCUCCCAGCGAUCCUACCAGUUAUAUUAAAUACGACGAACCUGUAAUAGAUCUGGAAGAAUCUCGACUAAAUGAAAAUGGCACGAAUUCUAAAUCCUAUAACUCUGGUCAACAAACUAAGCAGCAUCAACUAUAUUCAAAUAAUUUCCAACAAUCAUAUCCCAACGGAAUGGUUCCAGGAUAUUAUCCAAAAAUGCCGUUUAAUCCCAUGGUGGGAGAUUCUUUACUUGACCAAGCCUUCUAUGGUGCUGAUGAUCUUUUCUUUCCACCAGAAGGAUGUGACAGCAGUGUAAUAUAUCCACAAACCGCGACUUCAUGGAACGUUUUGCCUCCUCAAGCCAUGCAACCGGCUCCAACAUAUGUUCCCAGACCGUACACACCAAAUUACAGAUCAACACCGGGCUCGGCGAUGUUUCCAUAUAUGCAGAAUUCAAAUUCGGUGCAAUGGAACACCGCUGUUUCACCAUAUCGCUCAAGAGCACCAUCUACUACUGCCAAAAACUACCCCCCCAGUACGUUUUAUCCUCAAAACAUGAAUCAGUAUUCACGGCGAAGAACUGUAGGAAUGAAGGCUUCACAAGCAAAUGUUCCAACAAAUAACAAACUAUCUGUGGGCAAAUCUGCAAAAGUUUCAAAACCUCUUCAUAUUAAAACAAGCGCCUAUCAAAAACAAUACAAAAUUAACUUGGAGGCCAAAACUAAGCCAAUUACUGGUGAUGAAGAUUCUGUUCAUUCGGACAAGAGUAGGGAAGUUUCGAUGCCAACACCAGAUUCAAAUACUUUGGUGAUUCAAUCAGAAGAAGAUGGAGUUAAUUCGCCUGAGGUACAAACUAGCGGUGUAUCAAAAAAGAAACUUCCAGAUACAACUUGA